AUGCUUUUUCUCUCACCGUUGUAUCUUUUUUUAUCUUUCUUGCCACGGCUUUCUUCUCCUUUUGUCCAUUUUUCGUUUACUCCCCAUCUCUCAUUUUCUCGCACAUUCUCUCUCUCUCUCUCUCUCUCUCUCUCUCUCGCCCAAUCUCUGUUCAUCUCCUUACCUAUGUCUGCCUCUGUCUCCUUCUCUCUUUCUCCCUAUCCUUGUCUCUCUCCUGCUCCAUGUUUCUUUCUUUCUUUUUUUUCUUUUGUCUUUCCUUUCUCUUUCUUCUUCUUUCACUCUCCCUUUCUUUCAACUUUUAGGCCUCUCUUUCUUUUUAUCUUUCUUUCAUUUGUUCUUUCUGUCACUGUCUUUCUAUUUCUCUUACUUACUCUCUUACCCUUUCUUUAUCUUUUUCUGUGUUACUCUCUCUUUCCCUAUAAUGCUCUCUCUUUUUCUUUAUCUCUCUCUCUCUCUCUCAGUCAUUUUCCUAUUUCUCUCGGUAAUUUUCUAGCUAACUCCGUCUUUCUCUGUAUGUUUCUUUUCUCUCUAUUUUCUUUCUCUCUGUUUCUUUCUCUCUUUUUCUGUCACUCUCUUUGUUUCUCCUUCUUCAUAUAUACAUCUCUCUUUCUAUAUCCCAUUCUUUAUAUCUCUAUCUAUCUAUCUAUCUAUCUAUCUAUCUUGAUAUAUAUAUAUAUACUCUGCUCAUAUCUAUCCCUCUAUCUAUCUAUUUUUUUACUUAGUCUAUUCAUAUCUCGAUAUUUACCUAUCUAUUUUCCUUGUAUAUCUAUCUAUCUAUCUAUCUAUCUAUCUAUCUAUCUAUCUAUCUAUCUAUCUGUCUCGGUGUCUUUUUCUCUAUCUCUCUGUCUUUCUCUCACUCUAUCUCUCCCCUUUCCUUCUCUCUCUCUAUAUAUAUGUGCCUUUCCUUAUGUUUGCCCUUCUCACUAUCAAUUUCCUUAA